GUGGAAAUGAUUUUUAGCUUUUCAAUUUCGCAAAGUGAAAAUUUCCGGUAUUCCUUCGAAAAAUGUCAUCGUCGAGCGAAGAGGAUCUAUUCGGGCCCGAUUUGGUUUUCGUGAACCGGCCGUUGGGAAUCCAGGAAGGCUCGAAUUUGAAGAAGAUCCUGUCGGAAUUGGAGGAAACCACCAAAGAAAUCGACCAGAAAAAACUCGUAAAGGACACGGUGGACAUUUACUUGAACAGCCCAAGGGAUAGUCGAGAGAACGUCGAAGCGAGGAAUAGUUUAUUAGAAUUCUUCACCAGAUUCAAUUCGAAGAGAGUUGUGAGGAAAUACCUGACAGACGUCGUGGCCAAAAACGACUUGAUAAAUCCUUUAGUAGAAAUCAAAUCCCGGGAAAUUCUGGAUGAGACCAAAGACAAUUUAACAGUCGAUAUUAAAGCAGCCGUUGAUUUAUUGAAUUUUGUAACUUACACGCAGAAUUCAUCGAAAUUCAAUUACGAAUCGCUCGUGCAACACCUAUUUCCUUUAUACUACGUUAUCUAUCGAGGUAUCGUGUCCCAUUCUAGAUGGAAUUUCGAACAACUAAAGCCAGUCAUCGAAGAAAUAUUCGCUUUGUUAAAUGUUGUUUUAAAGCAGAUUUUAACGGUUUUCGUGAAAGAUAUCCCGUAUAAUACGAUUGUAUCGGAAGAGUACAGUUUAAAUCUAAUUUUGCUGUCUUACGGCCUGAUCCAACACGAGUCGAUCGGGUUCGAUUCGAAAACGAAAGCCGGACUCGUCCUGACCCAUUCCUUCGCCGUAAUGCCGGAAAAGUAUAUCCACUAUUUCAAAUUCAAGGAUUGCCCGUCGCUGGAGCUGCUCGAAGAAUACAACGGAGGCACCUUCGGCGUGCUCGACUUCCAAUUGGACCCGUUCACCGAACCCGACGAAAUCGUCAUCGUGUACGCCUCCAUAUUGAACGUGGUGCCCAAAGAGAAGCUAUGCCGCAUCCGCGUCGGCCACGAAAACCUCCUGUGCAUCCUCUACGCGGGCCUGAUGGAGCUGGCCGAGAAGAUGACGAGCGUCGCGCAUGUCAUCGUGGAAAUCAGCCGGACGUUGAGCAUCCUCUGCAAGCAGAUGAAAGACGCUCCGUUGGAUUCGAUGGAGAAAUUGUUCGUUAGAGGCAUCUCGUUCGUUUGGUCGCACAUCGAGCAUUUCAUCGACACCGUGAGGAGUUACACGAAGCAGUUUUUCAUCGAGCUAAUCGUCAUCGCCGGACAUCACAAAGCUAACGGUCACAAUUCGCUCUGCGAGAUCGUUAUGGGGAAGAUCGAGAUGUUGAGUUGCAAGCACAAAUCGAAACUGUUGGCUCUCGAGUACAUUUCCGAGCACAUCGGUUGCUCGUAUCUUUUAGAGCGCUGCGAAAGCCUGCCGGAGGAUUUGCUCAAAGUGGUUUCGAUGCCGGGCGUAUCCGAAGAGGCGUGCAAAUGCUACAUGGCUUUGAUGGAGAAACACCAACAGAACGUCGACAAAGAGGCCUGGUUGAACGUCUGGAUAUCGCCGGUGACUAGAUUGUCGGCGAAAUGCGCGCGCAGCGCCGCCUCGUGUCAGGAGAUAAUAACCAGGGCGUUUCGGAUCUAUCCGGCCGUUCUCAGGAAAAUAUUUACCAGCGAAUGUACCGGGAGCGUGCACGAAUGCCGGGUGUUGUUGAAGUGUCUCCAACACGCGCGCACCAACGGCACGGAAUUGUCGGUGGAAGACGGCGAGAAAUCGGAUUCGUAUUGGAGAGGAUGGAUAGAAAAGGGGAAAUUGGAGAAUUUCAUGUUCUAUCAGGACGACGUCGUGAGAAUCACCGUACUGGCGGUGUUGGCGGAAUGCCAGAAAUCCACCGAGUUGUUCCUCGAUUGGGAAUUGAAUUUUUUAUUGAAAUACCUUAGGUACAACGUUUCGACGCAGUCGCCGUGCUAUCGCAUGCAAAUGUCCGGGUACUACGCGAAGGCUCUAUCGAGGUUCAACGCCGGCUUUCGCGCCAUCCAAAGGAACCUGUCGAUCGCCGUGAAAGAAUCGCGCGCCGACGAACGAUUCAUUUACGAGGAACUCCAGAAGGCUUACAAGUGCUUCGUGAAACGUUUCGCCGAGUUCCUGAUAUCGAAUUUGACGUUCGAUUCGAACCACUACCGACGCUUCAUCAGCCUCGAGCUGUUGUUGGUCGUUCGCGAAUCGGACGCCGUCGACGAUUGGCUCGACCUUUGGUCGGAGAACGACGUGAAGAAUUGCCACAGCAUCUUGUUCGAUAACUACGAGGAGAACAAGAAAAUGGCGGCCGCCUUGCUCGACCGCUUGCCCACCAGCGCUAUAGGAUUUAACAACAUCGAAUUCACGUUCAAAUACAUGCAACAAUGCCUGAACAUAGCGAUGUCGGUGAAGCCGAGCAAGACCCUAUCGGCGGCGUACGUGUUGCGGGUGUGCGCCAAUUCCCCCUAUUUCUACGAGAUGUCCGUCUACGGUUUGAACGAGGACGAUUCGAACGCGAACCGUUUCCGCGAUUCCACGUUGAACAUGCUCGUCAUAUUGACCGGGAAAUUGGUGUCCCAAACGAACCUAGCCGUCGACGUCUACAAUCCCGACGUGGCCAAUUUCGGACUGUUGCAGAGCAUCCGGUACCUCUUGCAGGGCAGAGACAUGAGCGUCAACGGCGAAUCGUGGUCGGGUCUGUUCGAGCACCUCGUCACCGUUUGUUUGAACAUGAAGGAGCGCAUCAUGCCGAUCGUGUGCGAUCCGUCGCCCGAAGGAUUCCUGCCCGACGCCGAUCGAGCCGGUCGUCGCGACGGCGACGGCUCGGCCAAGGCGCAGCUGAUCGUCGUCCACGCGUGGCGAACGAUGAAAGAGAUGACGCAGCUGUUGGGCGAGAUCGUCAGGCAGACGGUGAAAUUGGAGCGAACGACGCCCUUGCGGAUGACAAGCGACAAGCUGUUGAUCGACGUCGGCGCGUUCUUCGUCGAUAUAUUCGUGGCGUCGAAGCACCGCGGCGUCUUCGAGCAGGCCUACGUCGCCUUCUCCGUGAUUUGUCGAUCGUUUUGGGUAUCGUCGAAUCCGAUUUUGAACCGUUUGCCGGAAAUGUGGCUCGACGACGCGCUGCGGUUGUGCAUAGGAGAAACGCGUUCGGAGCAAUUGUGCCCGACUAGAAGAAGCGCCGGCCUGCCCUUUCUGAUAUUGGGUAUCCUGAGUUCCGAGCCGGUAUUCGACAAACGUCGCUUCCACGACGCCAUAACGACGUUGUUUAAGACCUGCGAAAAUUUGGAUUCGAGCAACGACGAAUGCAGGAUGCAUUGCAUGAACGUGUUAAGGGCGAUGUUCAGGCACAGUAGAUUAGGCGAAUUCGUCGCGUCGUACGUGGCCCAGGCGGUAAUCAUAGCUGUAACGGGUUUCAAGAGCGACGCUUGGGGUGUCCGCAAUAGCGCCACGUUGCUGUACGCGGCGCUGAUGACGCGCAUGUUCGGCGUCCAAAGGACGCAGGACUCGGACGAUUUGUGCAUGAAGAACCGGCUGACGGUGCGCGUGUUCUUCGUGCGCUAUCCCGAGCUGUUUCGCUUCCUGUUGGAGACAUUGCGAGAGGAUUGCGGCGAUCGGACGAGCCUGCUCUUGCAUCCCGUUCUGAUGAUACUGGCUAGGCUGUAUCCGUCGCACUUCGAGGAAUACAACAAACAAAUGGACGAGUACAUACCGCAUUUGACUACGUGCCUGUCGAAUCCUGCGUUCAGGACGAGGGAAUUGGCCGCCAGGGCUUCCGUAUCCUUUAUCAGGAGCGAGCAGGUUCUUGGACAUUUGGACGGUCUCUUCGGGACGUUAUCGAACGAAGGAAUUAACGAUAACCAAGCGCACGGGUAUUUGUUGCAAGUGAUGUACGUGUUAAGGGUGAAUACCGUGCAAGGAUUAGACGUGACGGUUUUCAUCGAAAGGACCAUUCACAUAUUGAAAAGCUUUAAUAACCGAUUCAGCCACAUGACGAUGACGUUGUACAUGGAAGUUUUAUUCGCAUUGUUACAAGCUUAUCCGAAAUACGAAGACCUCGAAACGCUCAAAACCGUCAUGAGGAUUCUAUCGAAGCAAACCGCAUCGUGCCAAGCACCUACCACGUCGAAAUCGAGACUCGCCCCCGUCAGGAUGUCUCUAAUAUUGUUCAUAAUAUUGCACAAAUUCGAGGAAACCGAGCUGACCUACCGCACGGUAACCGACCAACUAACGCACCAAUUGCACCGCGGCGACAUCCACGCGAAAACCUACUGUUUGAACCUUCUGGUUUACCUCAACCGGCGCCAUUGCGGCCUCGAACAUCCGCUCUACAAGACCGACGACCUGCGGACGCCCUCGGACGUGCGAUCGCUGGUCGACGCCCUAUCGAAAUCGACGAUCGCGAAGCUGCUGACCAACUCGCACGAGGCCGUCAAGCGGUUCCUCGCCGAAGAGCUGAAAACGGGCCGGUGCGUGAGAGUCGAAGACCGCGCCGCUUUCUAUGUGCUGUUUAUUUACUAUCCGUGCGUUACGAAGCGCUUAAACGCCAACAAACAGGAGACCCUUAGGGCUCUGUUGGGCGCCUGCGACGGUAGGGACGAGGAAGCGGCGUGUUCUGUGGUAUGUUGCGCGAGCGCGUUUCUGCUGCAAGUCGAUUAUCGCGUUUUGAAGUACGACGAAUUGAUUGGGGCGUUGAUGGAGAGCUCGUCGCCCGCCGCAAGCGAGGCCAGAAGACUGGCUGUCUGCGAAUUGUUGACUAAGAAUUACGUUUUGUACUGUAACGAAGAUAGGAUUCUGAACGACGACAAUCUGCUGAAGGUGCUAAACAUCAUCAUGGUGCUACUAGAAGACGACGAUAUAACGAUUAGGAACAGCAUGAGCGAAUUUGCUUCGGUAUUGAACGUACGAAUAACGAUCGGGAACAAUUCCAAACAGCCGAUUCCCGGUCAAAGAUGGAUGAUUAUACCGGAGAAGGCGCGCGAGGAUCUGCUCACAUUGGCUUCCAUUAUUCUACCGAAGGACAAGGCCAUUUGUUUCCUGUUUUCCUGGUGUUGCCGCCAUUUUCCGGACUCGUCCAACAACGAUUCGUCCGAGGUGUUCGAGAGCGGCGAAUUGAAUUUGUACGCCGAGAACGUGUCGUUUAGAGGCCAUUGCAACAAAUUACUCUACAAAUUGCUGUGGACGUUAGAGGACGAUUUGAGCUACGACGACAAGUCGAUUUUCAUCGAGGAACACGCUCUAUUGGUGACCACUCGAUUGCUCGACUCGUUGUUGAAGAACGACUCGCCGAUGAUGCUGUACAAAACGAAAGAAUCUGUGAUAUGCGUGUUGAAGUCGACGGUGAAGUUUCUGGAGCGCGUCGAAGUGAACGGGAACUUCGUGGGGGAUUUUAGGACGUAUUUGUGUGAUACCGUAUUGGGUUAUUUGACGAAGCACGUGGAAUAUAGCGAUUCGUUUAGCGUCGAAUGGAUUAUCAGGAGGAUUUACGAUCCGGUUUUUAUACCGAAGGCGGCGUUGGUAAGGCAAAUGUCUGACGAGUUGUGAUCGAUUAUUUAGGAUAUAUGGCAUUGAUAUAAAUGCACACACGACCAAACUUAUAAUGUUUAAGUAUUAAAAUUGUAUGAAAAAUUUACACUUGUAUGAGACUGACGUAAUUAUGUGCAAAUUUGUUUUAUUAUAUUUUCGUAUACGCAAAAAUGUUUGUAUGUUGUAUCGUAUAGUGUCAAUUUUAUUGUUAACGUUUAUGAAUUAGUAGGAAAUACCAUGUUGAAAUUCAAAUUUAUA